AUGUCUACUACCGACGGUAUUACCAAGUUCAUUAUCGAUUUCUUCAUUGGCGGUGUUUCCGCCGCUGUCUCUAAGACCGCUGGUGCCCCAAUUGAAAGAGUCAGGUUGUUGAUUCAAAACCAGAAUGAAAUGAUCAAGCAGGGUCGUUUAUCUAGAAAGUACGACGGUAUUAUCGAGUGUUUCAAAAGAACCUCUGCUGAGGAAGGGUUCGGCUCUUUCUGGAGAGGUAACACCGCCACCGUGAUCCGUUGCUUCGCAAUUCUAGCUUUGAAUUUCGCUUUCAUGGAUAAGUUUAAGGCUAUGUUCGGUUUCAAGAAGUCUGAGGGUUACUGGCCAUAUGGUCUUGCUGGUGCCACUUCUUUGGCUUUCGUCUACUCUUUGGAUUUCGCCAGAACCAGAUUGGCUACCGAUGUCAAGUCUAGGGACGGUGGUGCUCGUCAGUUCAACGGGUUGUUGGAUGUCUACAAGCAGAUCUUUACGUCCGACGGUAUCGCUGGUUUUUAUAGAGGUUUCGGUCCAUCUGUUAUCGGGAUCAUUGUCUACAGAGGUCUUUACCUCGGUUUGUACGAUUCCUUGAAGCCUGUUGUCUUGGUUGGUCCAUUGGAAGGUUCUUUCUUGGCCUCUUUCUUGUUGGGUUGGACUGUCACCACAACCGCCUCUACUGCUUCUUACCCGUUGGACACCAUUAGAAGAAGAAUGAUGAUGACCUCCGGUCAAGCCGUCAAAUACGCUGGUGCUUUCGACUGUUUCAAGAAGAUUGUUGCCAUUGAAGGUGUCAAGUCUUUAUUCAAGGGCUGUAGUAUUAACAUCUUGAUAGGUAUCUGCGGUGCCGGUGUUAUCUUCAUAUAUUAUCAGUUGCAGGCCUUUGUCUUCGGUCAGAGGUCUUAAGCGAUUUACCUGAGCUGAGAAUUCCUGUAUAUAUUAAAUCUGUUCUCUCUUUGAUACAGUUAACCUCUACCAAACAAUACUGGUAUACACACGC